AUGGAGAGCACAGAGGUGGAGUCAGACAUCCUGCGCCGUGUCCGCACCCUGCUGCGCGAGCUGGACGGGCACCAUCCUGCCUGCCAGUGUGACCGAGGGAUGCUGCGCUGGACCCUGCACAAAAAGAUUGACCAGAAUCCCAGCGACAGCUCUGUGCUGGUCAGGAUCCUGGUGAAGGAGCUGGAGAGGGCAGAGCGAGGUGACUUCAGGCAUUACAUCAUCCCCUUGCUGCACACACUGAUGUACACCUUGAUACAGGCUCCCUGUGUCUCAGAUGAGCUCUGUGGCAGGGUGUAUGACUUCUGUAAGAAGCUGCUUACCCUGCCCAAGCCCUUCUGCACAAUUGGUUUGGAUUAUGCUGCCAGGCUGAAGAUGGAAAGAGCAGCACCAGGUACCUUGUACCAAAGAAUGGUCAUUUCUGAACAGAGCCUCAAAAGUGACCCCUACCCUUACCAGGAGAAGAUUUUCAUCUUUGCUGAUCCUGAGCUGCUCUCUGAAGCCAUCUGCAACGCUCUGGUCACCGACACGGAGGCAGCUCAGGUGUCGCAGAGCCCCCGGGCCUGCAUGUGCUCUGUCAUCAUCCAUGCCAUGCAGGCAGCCCUGGGGGAAGGCUGUGAUAGCAGUGGCCUGAAGGCAAGCCUGCAGGACAUGCCCCUGAGCGAGGUGGAGCACUGGUUCCAGCAGGUGGUGGCAGCAGUGGAGUCUGCAGGACACGAGGCCAGCGCAGACCGCGGCCAGCACGCAGCCAGGCUGGGAAAGAUUCACCAGGAUGUCCUCAGCUCCCUGCAGGCAGGCAAUGCUCCCCUGGGAGGGCUGCAGGGCACCCCUCUGCCCAACCCCAACAUCAGCUUUCACCUCUGGACAGAAGAUGAGCAGCUCUGGAAGGAGCUGGUGCUGUUCAUCCGCCCAGUGGCACAGAGCUGCGAGCCUGAGUGCCUCAGCCAGGAGCUGGACACCUUUGAGACGCAGGACAUCCUCUCUGGCUGCGAGUGCUGCCGGCAGCCUCGCUUCUCCGUGCUCUCCACCGACAGCGGCAUCGAGAGAGACCUGCCCCUGCCAGCCGAGGAGUCCCUCCCGCCGUGCGGCACGGACCCGGAGCACUCCCGGCUGCACAGGAAGGGGGGCAUCAAAAAGAAGCCAUCUCCCCUGGAGAGCGUGGCCUUCCUGCAGGCUGGCUGCAACGCUGCUGGGCUGAAGCCCCCAGGCAAGCUGCAGAGGAGACCUGGCACCCCCCCGGGGCCUGCAGCCCUGCUCCAGAGGCUGCACACUGCCCGCAUCCUGCUGCUGGGGGACGACCGCGUCCUGGGGCGCCUGGCACAAGCCUACCACUCUCUGAGGAAGAGAGAGACACGGAGAGCUUUCCUGACUCCCAGGCUGAACCUGCAGUUCUACUACAUCCCAGUGGUGGCAGAGCAGCCAAGCACCUCGGUGAGACUGGGCUGGGCAGCUCUGGGCCAGGAGGAGCUCUGUGAGGUGGCCACGUACCUGGGCAGAGCUGACCCAUGGUAUGAGAGCAACAUCAACACUCUGUGCCACAUGAUUCCCAAGCUGGCCACCAUGCCUUCCUCUCCAAGCAAACAUCUCGUGACCGAUCUGUUCAUCACCGACGUCAUCGCUUACUACGCUCGCAUGGGCAGCCAGCCUGUCUGCUUCCAGGUCUAUGCUGUGAAGAUGUUCUUCAACGACCCAGCCCAGGAGCCAGCCGAGGAUGUGUUCCUCACGGAGCUGCGCACCCAGGUGCAGGCCAGCACCUCCCCCAGAGAGUUAAGCCUGACCAAGAAGAAAGCAGCCCUGGAUGGCCCUGGCAUAGAUCUUACAGUGACAUACACAAAGGUUGUGGUGAGCGACCGAGCAAAGGAGCUGGCCCUGGCCCUGCGCUCCACAGGGCUGGUGAUGAAAGCCAUCCCUGCUGAUGAGGCUGAAGACCUGGAGUGCCUGAAUGUGACCAUCACUGAAAUCAUCAGGAUCAACAACUUGUCAGGACGAUCCUUCUCAGCUGUGGCAAACAGGCUGAGGACUCAGCACAUCACCAUCAGGAGCACAGAGCAGAGGCCCUUCACGGUGUGCCUGGACAAGGACAGCAGAAGAACCUUCAGGAACGUGAUCAGCAUGGAAGUGUCUCCUUGCCUAGAGCCCAGCUACUGCUUGCAGAAGACAAGGACAACAAAAUUCAGCCUGCAUGAAACAGAAGAUGUGGGGCUGGUGAAGUACAUGCCCAAGUCUCUGCUGUUGCCCAUCAACACCUUUGCAGGUGUCAUCCAGUGA